AUGGUGACAAGGAUUCUCCAAUUUGCACGGAAAGAGUUGUGCCUUAAAUAUUGCAACAAAUCAUUGUCUUUAAUUCUUUUCUCUCAAAGCCUGUUAUUGUUCAAGGUUUUAAGAACUAACAGGAUUGACCUUGCGAAAGCAUCUAUAGUAACAACUGAAAAAAGGUUUACUCAAGAAGCGUAUUCAAAACAUGGAUUCAGAAAAGGCAUGAUGAGUGGAGCCAUCCAAGAUACAUCUAGCCGCUGGAGAAGAUCUAUCCAGGAGCAAGGUGAUAGUGACGUAUGUGCAGACAUUAUAGGGCCAGAAUGGAACAUGUCCAAGAAAAAGAAAAGUCCAUGUCCAACAUUAGUAGUAUGGGUGCCAAAGAAAGAUGGCUUCACUGAGUUUGUAAAAGUGAACGAGAAAUCAAAACUCGAAGGUGGAUUCUCCAUAGCCAUAUUCUGCCAUGCAUUACAUCUAUUACCAUAUAGUGUUCAACCUAUUUUCAUACCUUUCGUCGAUGAUCAUGGGAAAAGUAAUGGUGACUAUGAUCAACUAGUAAUGCAUAUUGAAAACCAGACUUGUGAAGCUGUCGCAGGUGAUAUAACAAUUCGGGUUAACAGAGCUCAAUACGUUGACUUUACAACUCCCUACCUGAAUUCAGAAGUUUAUGUGCUUGCACCUGCUGCCCACCAAUGGAACCAAACCUUGUGGACUUUCUUUAGACCUUUUACAUGGAGACUGUGGAUCACAAUAGUUGCCGUAUGUCUCCUCACUGGGGUUGCACUUGCAAUUUUAGAAUGCCGGGAGAAAAACCUUAGUUUUUCAGGCCCAAUUUAUACCCAACUCAUAAUGGUCAUCUGGUUUCCCAUUUCAGCAUUCUUCUUCCAUGAAGGUAAGAUACAAAAUAAGUGCUCCAAAGUUGUGCUUGUGAUCUGGCUAAGUAUGAUUUUCAUAGUUAUUCAAAUUUUCACUGCUACUUUGUCCUCAUGGUUAACACUUGAUCAACUACGUCCCUUGCCUCCAACUUUUGAUAACAUUGGAUACCAAGCCGGUUCCUUUUUUAAAGAACAUAUAGCGCAAAAAUUCAAUCGCUCUGACAAGCAACUUUUUCCUCUCAAAAGCAUUGAAGAAUAUAAAAGCGCUUUGACCAAUAACAGGGUUAGUGUUAUUAUUGAUGAGCUCCCAUACAUCGAACUGUUUCUUGCUAAGUAUGGCUCUCGCUACAUGAAGUAUGGACCAAUAAACCAGGAAUCCGGAAUUGCAUUUGCAUUUCCUCUUCAAUCUCUUUUAUUACGGGAAUUUUCUAAGGCAGUCAUUAAGGUCACUGAAAGUCAAAUUAUGAUGGAAACGAAGACAAAAUAUCUUGGGUUCUCAAAUGAUACAUCGCAAUCUAAUCAAACCCCCCCACAAAGUCUUGAUGUUCAGAGUUUUAUUGGAUUAUUUAUAUUGAUGGGGACUGUUAUUAUAGCGGCUAUUAUCACAUCAGAAAUUUCCAUUAUGCGUAGAAACAAGAAAGUCCUUCCUGUAACAAUAACAUCAUCAACCGAUUUCUAGAUAUGAUCAGAUCCAUCUACAACAUUCUGGCCACCGAAUGAGAAGAAGCAAUUAUCUAUGCUGCAACAUGUAUAUCUGUUGGAGAUAUUCAGAAUUCGGGCAUAUUAAUUUGGGAAUUUUCUUUAUUUUGGUUUAAGUCUUUUUAAUUUCUUUCAUCUCUGUUACUAUUAGAUUAUCUUUCAAAUUCUUUUUGUAUAAGUAGGAGUAAACCGUUAAUUCUUUUCUGUUCAUUCUUUCUUUUCUUCAUUAAUAAAACCUUAAUUAAAGAGAAAGUUUCGUUUAUGCUUUUCCUAAAUCAUUCUAACAAUUUCGAUCCCCAUUCCAAUUAAACUGUUAGUCCCAGUGGCAGAG